AUGUCGACACAUCAACGUUCUAAAUCCGAACUUAUUUCUAACGAUCCAUUUUAUGCUAUUGAACAAAACGCUCCUGAAAUUUUUGAAUCUGGUAGACGUCGUAUGAGUGAGCUUAUUCCAAAUGAUCCUCUGAGAGAAAUUGAGAUUCAUGCUCCAGAGAUUUUCGAGCCUAGACUUCGAAAACGACGUAUGAGCGAAUUAAUUCCUAAUGAUCCUAUGAGAAAUAUUGAAAUUUACGCUCCAGAAAUUUUUGGCGUAUUACAAAUGAAAAAUGGUGCAAGAGGUGAAUUAAUUCCAAACGAUCCACUUAGGAGCAUUGAAUUGCACGCUCCGGAAAUAUUUCAUUAA